GAUAUGCCUGGAACAGUUAAAUGCGGGAAAGGACUCGGGAAAGCGGGAGCAAAGCGUCGCCGUCAAGCGCUCCAGAAAGUAUUUCGUGUGAAACUGAAAGAGAAAAUUAAAGUGACUGCCGCGGAAACUACAGAAGUCGCUCCUCAGGAGAAGAGCGCUACUAGGAAAGCGGGCCCCGCCGUGUCUGACCUUGUCAAGGCAGUGUCUGCUCCCAAGGACCGCAGCGGGGUGUCUCUGGCUGAGCUCAAGAAAGCUCUGGCGGCCGGCGGCUACGACGUGGAAAAGAACAGCUCCCGCGUCAACACUGCAGUCAAGAGUGCGGUGAGCAAGGAGACCCUGCUGCAGACCAAGGGCGUCGGCGCUUCUGGCUCCUUCAAGCUCAACAAUAAACGGGCUAAGAAGCCAAGGAAGUCCCCCAAUAAAACAAAGCGAGCAGCAGCCGCACAGAGCCCAAGGAAACAAACAGCGUUGAAGAAAGCAGCCAAAACCCCUCAAAAAGCUCGGAGCACGAAAUGCAAAACUGCGAGGACUAGGCGGAACAUUCCUACAAGAAAGUGAUUUAUUAUCGUGACAAUGCUGAACAAACCCCAAAAGCUCUCUUCAGAGGCACCACAGCUUUCUGCAAAGAGCAAAAGUACACCCACUCCCAAAUAUUGCUUUAUAGUAUGCGUAUGAUGAUAUUUGACUUGUCUAUGGAAAUGAUUUGCAACCGGUAAUAAAACUAAUGAGAUUA